AUGAAGCCGCCCUACUGCAGCGGCCACGGCGACUGCGACGGCUUCGGCCGCUGCGUCUGCUACCCGGGCUUCGCCGCCGGCGACUGCAGCGAGCGCUUGUGCCCCGUCGGCGCGGCCUGGGCCGACGUCGCCACGGCCGACGACACGGCCCACGCCGAGGCGGAGUGCUCGAACCGGGGCCACUGCGACCGCGAGACGGGCCGCUGCGCCUGCGCGUCGGGCUUCGAGGGCAGCGCGUGCCAGCGCAUGACGUGCCAGGGCGCGGCGAACGACGGGCUGCCCCUCGCGUGCAGCGGCAACGGCGAGUGCCUGAGCAUGUACGACCACGCGCGCUUCGACUACGACUCCAAGAGCCGCCGCUUCGCCUACGAGGCGCCCUGGGACGCCCACAUGGUCCACGGCUGCGUCUGCGGGGCCGACUACGCGGGGCCCGCGUGCGAGGAGCGGCUCUGCGCCUUCGACGGCUGCCCGUCGGGCGACUGCCCGACGUUCGCGUCGCGCGCGGGCGACACCGAAAACGCGCCGUGCUCGAACCGGGGCACCUGCGACCGCGUCACGGGCAUCUGCACCUGCUUCCUCGGCUACGGCAUGAGCGACGGCCUCGGCGGCCGGGGGACCAUCGCCGACUGCGGCUAUAAGCUGCCCCACUAG